AUAAGCCAAAACAGACGACAGAAUUCCUCAAUCAACAUUGUUGGAGCAGAGAGAGCUUCACAUGGCGGCCUCCAUUUCAACUUCAGCUAAUCCUCUUCUCACGUCAGAGCGCCCGAACCGCUUGGCUGCUAACGUAACAUCUUUGUCGAGAUUGUCUUCCACAUCGUCUAUACAGCUACCGGUUCAGCUUCGGUGUGUUCGACUCGGAAACCAUGGGGUUUCGACUCUGUCGCGGUCUCGAAUCUUGCCUGUGAUCAAAGCAAGUAAUCAAACGUUUUCCUCCUUUGAUGAUUUACUGGCCAACUCUGGCAAACCGGUGUUAGUCGACUUCUAUGCUACCUGGUGCGGUCCUUGUCAGUUUAUGGUUCCUAUUCUUGAAAAAGUUAGUGCUAAGCUGAGUGACACAGUCCAGGUGGUCAAGAUUGACACUGAGAAAUAUCCUGUCAUCGCUGAUAAAUACAAAAUCGAGGCACUGCCUACGUUCGUCCUCUUCAAAGAUGGAAAACCCCUUGACCGAUUCGAAGGAGCUAUGACAGCGGAUGACCUCAUCAAACGCAUUGAAGAUUCUCUGAAGGUUAAGCAAUAACACUGAAACACUGGGAUGUCAAACGUCCAAGGGAGAUAUCACUGAGAAAAUAUGGAUAUGGAAAUCAAUGUCUUGGACAGGAAGGAAUUCUGGGUAUGCUACUAAGACUAAUAGAAAUAACCUCUCUCUCUC